UUAAAAAUGGAUCGGUACAUAGGAUGUGAGAUUUCUAAAGUGCCUUUAUCUGAUAUUGCUCUGAGGAUUAUGACAGCUUUGCAGUCUAUUCCUGUAGAAGCUCAGACUAACAGAGAGAAUAACCAGAGUAUAGAGAAGACGAAGGAAAAUAAACUAGGUGAUAAGGAUGCACAUCUGAGAAAUGAAAAGGACGAUCGUGAUUCCAGAAUUGCCUUAUUAAAAGCAACUGUCAGCCCUGAAAAAAGAACUGCUGGUCAGAUAGUCAGGACAAUGCAUAUGGAUGAAAUACAUGGCUGUCAAGAUUCCAAAAUACCUGGUAGCUGUUACCAGGAUUCAAGCUUUCCAAAAUGGAGAUAUCAAGAAAUGAGUCUUUCAAUAGAAGAAAAAAGCAUGAAGGAUAGGGAAAAGAAAAUAGUUAUUCCUCUUAAAAGGAAGCAAAAUGUGUCUACUUCUUGUUCAGAGAAAACAAGAAGAUUGCAUGUAAAUACCUGUAUGUUCUUACAUAGAAGAAGAUACAGCUGUGCUCCUGGACAAAAAGAGUCUUCCGGAAAGUAUCCUUGUGAUAUCAGCAGUUUAGGAUGUGAAGAAAAAAGUGAACUGCUUGCAACUAUAGAACAGGCAGCAGCUUUUGUAACUACUAUGAUAUUUCAAGAUGGUUCUUCACAGCUCAGCUCAGACCAGGCUUCUACCUCUUCAGUAAAAGGAGUUGUUGUGCUGGUGAAGAAUCAGACUGAUCAGCCUUGUCCUCCCAGUCACACUUCAACUGGCCAUACUCGGAAUGCUGCUAAUGAAAAUGAUAAAUUAAUUUAUUUAAAAAUUGAACACUCAUCUCUCUGGGAACAAGAACAGGCUCACAAGAAAUUUUCUUGGCAAGUGUUGUUUCAAAUGCUAGAGUGCAAAGUUCCAAUAAUUUGCUUCAAUGCAAAAGAUUUCCUGAGGACUCUACUUCAAGUCUAUGGUGAUGAAAUCAGCUGGAAGCAAGUUGCCAAUAGUGUCGUGUUAGAUCCAAGAAUUGCAGCAUGGCUGAUAAACCCCAGCGACACAGUUCCUUCCUUUGAGUGUUUAAUACAGGAGUAUUUUGAAAAGCCUUUUUCAAAGGGAACAGAAAAUACAGAUACAGGCACUUUGAGAAAUGUAUCUUAUCAAAACUUAGGUGUGAUAUUGGAGAAGCUUUAUAAUGUAAUGAUGGAUCUUGCUCAUGGCUUAAAGGCUCAAGGUUUGUGGAACUUAUUUUGCACAUUAGAGCUCCCACUUAUCAAAAUUCUGGCAGUGAUGGAAACACACAAAAUAUAUGUGAACAAACAAGAACUGAAAAAAACAUCAGAGAUUCUAGGGCUGCGGCUCAAGGAGCUUGAGCAGGAGGCUCAUGAGGUUGCUGGAGAGCGAUUCCUUUUGACCAGCAGUUGUCAGCUCCGAGAGGUACUAUUUGAUAAGUUAAAGCUGCAUACGCUGUGUGAGAAACUUCAUAGAACUGAAAUACAACAGCUUGUAUCCACCUCAGAAGUUGUGCUAAAUAAAUUGCAAGAUCUUCAUCCUUUGCCUAAGAUAAUUUUGGAAUACCGCCAGAUUCAUAAGAUGAAAUCAACUUAUGUGGAUGGACUACGAACGUGCAUGAAAAAGGGAUUUAUUUCCUCUACUUGGAAUCAGACAGGAACUGUGACUGGCAGACUUUCAGCCAAACAUCCUAACAUUCAAGGUAUCUCUAAACAUCCAGUUACAAUUACAAAGAAGCAGUACAUAAAAGGAAAAGAAGAGGACAUAAUAACUAUUUCCCCAAGAACAUUGUUUGUUUCAAAAAAAGGAUGUACAUUUUUAGCAGCAGACUUUUCGCAUAUUGAGUUAAGGAUCCUUGCUGACUUAUCGUCUGAACCAGAACUUCUGAAACUGUUCCAAGAACCUGAAAUCACUGAUAUCUUUGCUACACUGGCUUCUCAGUGGAAAGGGAUUCCAAGUGAACAAGUGAAACAUGCUGAUAGAGAGCAAGCAAAGCGUAUAGUUUACUCAGUGGUUUAUGGAGCAGGUAAAGAACGUCUUGCUGACUGCUUGGGAAUUACUCCUGUUCAAGCCGGUCAAUUUAUAGAGAGUUUUAUGCAAAAAUACAAGAAAGUACAUGAAUUUACAAAGAAAACCAUUGAGCAGUGCCGAAAUAAAGGUUACGUGGUUUCAAUAAUGGGGCGCAAAAGGCCACUGGCCAAUAUCAAUGCCCAGGAUUACAAGCUACGCACUCAAGCAGAGAGGCAGGCUGUCAAUUUUGUUGUUCAAGGCUCUGCAGCUGAUCUUUGCAAAAUGGCUAUGGUGAAGAUUUUUUCCUCUGUUGUAAUUUCUCCAACUUUAACAGCCAGGUUAAUUGCCCAGAUCCAUGAUGAACUGUUGUUUGAAGUGGAAGAUUCACAAAUCCAGGAAUUCUCAGCACUGGUAAAAAGAACAAUGGAGUCCCUGCAGCAAACCACAGCCUUGGAAGUGCCACUGAAGGUUCCCUUGAAAGUGAUUCUCACCACUGGGAAAUCAUGGGGGUGUAUGACAGAAUUGCAGGAGAUGUAAAGCAGUCAUUGGGGAUGUUAUUCAGUACCCAAACACCUCAUUGGCUUGUGCUGAUUCCUCG